AUGUCUACACCAAGAGUCUUCGACGGCAAGCUAGCCAUCAUCACCGGUGCCUCGCGAAGCUUCGGCGCCGCCCUCGCGACUCACUUCGCCUCGCGCGGCGCCAACGUUGUGAUCAACUACGCGACAUCGUCCUCGGACGAACGCGCACAGGAGUUGGCGAAGAAGCUCUCCACCGAGCACCACAUCACCGCAGUCCCCAUCCGCGCCGACCUGCUCAAUCCCGCAGCUCCCCAGCAGCUCAUCGACGCUGCAAAAGCCCACUUCAGUAAGAACGGGCACUUCCAGAUCGACAUCCUCAUCAACAACGCCGCCCUCGUCAACGCCCAGCCCAUCCAAGAGCUCGACCUCGCCCUCUUCCAGCAAACCUUUGACCUGAACGUGCGCGCGCCGGCCCUGCUCAUCAAAGCCGCCUUCCCCCAUCUCCCCACGGACCGCUCCGGCCGCAUCGUCAACAUCUCCUCGGCGACCACGACCUGGGGGCUCAUCCAGCAGACUUCGUACGCAGGCACCAAGGGCGCCAUCGAAGCCAUGACGCGCGUCUGGGCCCGCGAGCUUGCUGAGCGCGCAACCGUCAACAGCGUCUCGCCCGGGCCCAUGGACACGGGUCUGCUCAACGGGCUCCCCGACGCGCCGCGCGAGGCGCUGAAGCUGUACAAUGCGCUGAUCCCGCUCGCUAAAGAGCGGGCCGGUGUUGAUACCGAGGAUAUGCUUAGGUUGGCGGGGGAGAUUGGAGGCAGGCCGGGGACGCUGGAGGAGGUUGCGGGGAUUGUGGGGAUUGCCUGCCUGCCCCAGUCGGGCUGGAUGACGGGGAAUCAGCUUGGGGCUAGUGGGGGUGGUGCUUUCGUGCGGUAG